GCAACGGCAAUAUAAAACCCUCAAAAAUCUUCAUCUUUUGCUAUUUCACUCUUUUCCCAUUUCACAAAAAAAAAAAAAAAAGAAAAGCAAAAAUGGGUAUGGUGAUAUUCACCACACUUCUCAUUGGUCUAUUUCUUCUUCCUUUGGCCACAAGUUCUUCCAUACACGAGCUUCUAGAAAGCAGAGGAUUGCCAGGUGGACUUUUCCCAAAGAAUGGUGUGAAGUCUUACCAACUCGGAGAAGAUGGUGUGCUGGAGGUGUUUCUGGAGAGGCCCUGUUUCGCAACAUUUGAGACGAGGGUUUUCUUUGAGAGUGUGGUGAGGGCUAACCUUAGUUACGGCGGCUUAAUCGGGGUUGAGGGUUUGUCUCAAGAAGAGCUGUUCUUGUGGUUGCCUGUUAAAGAUAUCAUUGUUUAUGAUCCUUCUUCUGGUCUUAUUUUGUUUGAUAUUGGUGUUGCUCAUAAACAGAUGUCUCUUUCUUUAUUUGAAGACCCUCCUUUUUGCCAUCCUCAACAAACUCAAGGAGGAGGGGUGCUGGAAAUGAAUACAAGGAAAGAGUUGGGGUUUGAAGUUCAGAGAUGAAAGUCUCGAUUUUUUCGUUGUUCGAUUUGUUUGCGACCUCGUUUUCGUUUGCUUUGUUGAGAUUUUGGGAAAACUGAGAUGGGAAAAGAUUGUCUUUUUUUUUUUUUUGUUUUUUUUUUUAAAAUGGUUCUUCCUAAUGUAGGAGAUUGUAGGGUUGUAAAAAGAUUGAUACUAACUACAGAGUUUGUUUUCGGAGAGAAAUGAAAAGAUUCUCGGAUUUUCUAAUACCCCCGAUUGAAGUGAAUUAUGUCUGUUGUACGUCGGAA